AUGGCACAAAUUUUGCGUAUCUGCAUGCUCAACGCCGACGCACCAGUUCCAGCGGUGGCUGCCGAACGUGCCCCCACUUAUGGGCGCAUCUUCCACAAUCUUCUCUCUUCCGCCGUUGCCAACACCAAGUCAUCGCGACAAUCAUCAGAAGACAAUCUCUAUAUCACGUCUACAGACUUCGACGUCGUGAAGAACGAAUAUCCCGCUUCUGUAACUGAAUUCGAUGCUAUAAUUAUCUCUGGCUCGGCGAAUUCGGCAUACGACGAUUUACCUUGGGUACGCAAACUCGAAAGAUGGACGAAAGAAGUAUAUGAGAACGAACCCAGUGUAAAGAUUUUUGGAAGCUGCUUUGGUCAUCAGCUGCUGUGUCAAGCUUUGCUGAAAGAUUAUGGUGUCACGGUGGAAAAGGAUCCAAAAGGCUGGGAACUAGGGGUUAAGGAAAUUACACUGCAUCGGCGGUUCCGCGACGCCUUUUUGGAGCAUGACGAUGAAGUCAGAACGGGUAGCCUAGAAAAGAUGAGGUUGCAAUUUGUGCAUCAUGACCACGUGGUUAUCCCAGACCUAAACGCCCUGCCGCCGUCCUGGAUGAUACUAGGAAACACUCAGCAUUGCGCGGUACAGGGAGUGUACGAGCCUGGUCGUGUCCUUACUUUCCAAGGUCACUUCGAGUUCGACCGUUUCAUCAACAGCGAGACGAUCAAAUUCUUCUUCCCGAAUUGGCAACCAAAAGCCUUGGAGGAGACGCUCGAUGCUAUUGAUGCGGAUGAUGAUUCUGUAACGGCAGCUGGUAUGGUCCUUGAUUUCUUCCUUGAGGACGGCAUUGGAAAGCAUGUUCCGUCACAUGCUAUUGUUGGGGGGUUGAUUACACCACCAUCUAGGGAGUAA